GUCCAGUGAGAAAGAACGGCACGCUGUUCUAUUUUGUUAAAACAAGACGCAUUUCGCAUUUUCUGCAUUAAGACCUAGCCGGAGCCAAACAGUCCAAAACCCUAAAACCCUCACACUCAACUCCGACAUUUUCACCACCUGCACGAAGCUAUGAGCAAGGUGGGCUCGUCACUGUACACUCGCCUCCAUGGAAUCUUCAAAAAAUCUUCAAUCGCCACCGCUAAGUCCGCAAAACCCAGAAGCCAAACCAAAUCCAACAAAUUCCCUAGUAAAUUGAAGGCAUCCACCGCUUCUUCCGCCUCUGUAGGAGACGGAGGCAAUUUGUCGAAUGACGCCAAGGAAUCGAAAAAUUCGAAAUUGACGAAGAAAGUAGAGAAGUUCAAGAGAUCUUGUGAGUCGGAGGGUUUCCGGCAAGUCCAUGGACUCUACAGUGCGUUUAUUCGCCGUCUCAGGGAAGCAAAGAAGUUCUCAACGAUCCAUGAAGUUCUACAAUACCAGAAGAAGUUCGAUGACAUAAAGUCGGAGGAUUUCGUUAUCCGUAUAAUGCUUCUUUAUGGAUACUCAGGAAUGGCUGAGCAUGCGCAUAAGUUGUUCGAUGAAAUGCCUGAGCUAAACUGUGAACGAACUGUGAAGUCAUUCAAUGCGCUUUUAUCGGCUUAUGUUAAUUCAAGGAAGCUUGAUGAGGCCAAGAAGGCCUUCAAGGAGUUGCCAGAGAAGCUAGGUAUUACUCCUGAUCUGGUUACUUAUAAUACCAUGAUCAAGGCACUUUGCCGUACAGGCUCUAUGGAUGAUAUAUUAUCUAUCUUUGAGGAGCUGGAGAAGAAUGGGUUUGAGCCUGAUUUGAUCUCUUUCAACACUCUGUUAGAAGAGUUUUAUAGGAGGGAAUUGUUUGUUGAAGGAGAUAGGAUUUGGGAUUUGAUGAAAUCCAAGAAUCUUGCUCCCAACAUUAGGAGUUAUAACUCUAGAGUGAGAGGUCUGACCCGGAACAAGAAGUUCACUGAUGCAAUUGACUUGAUCAAUGUUAUGAAAACUGAAGGGAUCUCCCCAGAUGUUCAUACAUACAAUGCUUUCAUCACGGCUUACCGCGGUGAUAACAACCUUGAGGAGGUUAUGAAAUGGUACAAUGAGAUGAAGGAGAAGGGUCUGACUCCUGAUACAGUGACUUACUGUUUGUUGAUCCCUCUUCUCUGCAAGAAAGGUGAUCUAGAUAGAGCGGUUGAGAUCUCCGAAGAAGCCAUCAAACACAAGCUCCUGUCUCGCCCGAACAUGUACAAACCCGUGGUCGAGCGUUUGAUGGGUGCAGGCAAGAUUGAUGAAGCAACACAGCUAGUGAAGAAUGGCAAGCUACAGAGUUACUUUCGGUACCUACCAGACUUGUCCGCUGGUAAGAAGAAGACCACUUCCAGUCCGGUCUCUUCAAGUUCAGAGGCCACUUCCAGUCAGGUCUCUUCAAUUUCGGAUACCUCUUCAUUUCUGCUCUCUUUAAGUCUGGCGUCGGACUCUUCCAGCUCGGACUCUUCCAGCUCGGACUCUUUCAGCUCGGUCUCUUCGGAUCAGGACUCUUCCAGCCCGGUCUCUUCGAAUUCGGACUCUUCCAGCCCGGUCUCUUCGAGUCUGUACUCUUCAAGCCCGGUCUCUUCAAGCCCGGUCUCUUCGAGUUCGGACUAUUCCAGCUCGGUCUCUUCGAGAUCGGACUAUUCCAGCUCGGUCUCUUCGUCUGGCUUGUUUGACGAUUAAGAGUGCUUGAUCAGUGUUUGGCAACUGGUUUAACUGUCUUAAUGCGAUAUUAUGUUGGGCUCGUAUCUUGUUAUCACUACCAAUGAGUCCACUUGCAAGGAACAUGGUUAUAUUGGUCUCUCUUGUGAUUUUUUUUCAAUUUUUAUUAUUCGGAACUUUGAUUUCCUUUCUAAAUGUUAGAGAUUUUAUGUCUUGAAUAAAGUUUAAAUUUUCAUA